AUGCUUCAUCGGCACCUUAAGACCAUGCUUCUCUCAAAUCUCUCAGCAGCAUCUCUGCUCUUCCAGGGUCUUCCAGGUGUAUUCUCUAGCCCAACAUGCACCGACGGAGCCUUUAGCUCCCUCAAGCUCGACAAAGCAGAGAUCAUCUCGGUCACAGCCAACAUAUCAUCCGUUAACCUCCCAGCAUCCCCAACAAACGAAUGGCCUGAAAAUCCCGAAGACACAGUGACACUAUGCAAAGUUGUCGUUCAACACACCCAUCCAGGCUGGAAUGAUACCAUAAACACAUACGUAUGGCUCCCCAUCUCAAACUGGAAUGAAAGAAUGGUAGGCGUCGGUGGCGGGGGCUGGUCAACGGGUGAUGUCGAUGAUCUUGCCGCACCUGCCUCGAGGGGUUAUGCCGCAGUUACCACUGAUGGUGGUCAUCUUUUGGCGAAUAGACAAGAGCUUGGUUGGGCGCUUACAAGCUCGGGUAACUUGGAUUUACAUGCUUUGCAGAAUUUUGCUGCUGUGUCUUUGGACGAUGCUGCUACAUUGGGAAAGACGGUUGUUGAAACUUACUAUGGCAAGAAGCCGAAAUAUUCUUAUUGGAAUGGCUGUUCUACUGGUGGACGACAAGGUCAUAUGAUGGCUCAGCGAUAUCCCACUCAGUACAACGGUAUUCUGGCUUCGGCCUCUGCUUUCAAUUGGGACAAGUUCGUCGUGUCGGAGUAUUGGCCACAGCUUGUUAUGUACAGCCUCGGUUACUAUCCUCCUGCAUGUGAGCUUGAAGCCAUCACCAACGCAACUAUCGAAGCAUGCGACGCCAACGAUGGAAUCGAAGAUGGUGUUGUCUCAAACUCAACCAAAUGUGCGUUUGAUCCCAUGUCAGUAGUGGGAACAGAAAUUACCUGCGACAACCCUUCGGGUACUCUCAAGAUCUCGGAGAAAGCAGCAAAAGUCGUACGUUUGACAUGGCGUGGCCCCGAGACAGAGGAUGGCAAGUUUCUCUGGUACGGUCUUGAUAAAUCUGCUCCUCUCAUUAGACUCGCUGGAACGACCUGCACUUCUUUGACAAACUGCACCUCGGCUCCUUUUGCUAUCUCAAAAGAUUGGCUCACCACUUUCGUCCAACAAAACGACACUGCCAAACUCCACGGCAUUUCACACUCAGAAUACAGCAAACUAUUCCGCCAAUCCGUCAACCGCUUUGCUUCCAUAAUGGGCACAAGCGACGCCGAUCUCACCGACUUUAAAAAGGCAGGAGGAAAAUUACUCGCAUGGCACGGCACCGCAGACGACCUCAUUCCUUUCCAAGGAUCAGUUGAUUAUUACAAUCGUGUGCUGGAGAAUGAUCCUAACGCGACGGAUUAUUAUCGUUUCUUUGAAGCACCUGGUGUUGAGCAUUGCAGUGGAGGGUCGGGGUGGUAUCCUGGGAGUGGGUUUGAUACGCUUGUCAAUUGGGUUGAGAAGGGUGAGGCGCCGGAUAGGUUGUAUGCUGAAACUAUUGGGUCGGAGAAGAAGAGGGCUGUGAAGCUUUGUGCUUGGCCUAAGAGGAUUACAUAUGUUGGAGGUGACAAGGACCUCGCUUCUUCUUUUAGCUGCGCAUAG